AUGACCUGGCCUUCAACAGUGAAGCCGAUACUUAGGUUGUGUCGUGCUAAUAAUUAUUCGGAAGCACUCUCGCCGGGUCCAAAGAUUGGUGGCAGUCUUGCCACUCACGUACGAUCACUUUAUCCAACAAACCAGAAAAAGUACAAGAGAUAUGCAUCGACAACUACUUCUUCUACCACAUCUGCUGUCCCAAAUACCGCAUCUCUUUCUACAGCUUCCUCUGCUGCUGUUACGCCGGAUUUGAUCACCACUCCAUACUCGAAUUUGACAAUUGGUAUAGCUCGCGAGACAUACCCAAACGAAAAACGGGUUGCGAUUACUCCACAAAAUGCACAAUUGUUGAUUAAGAAAGGGUUCUCCAGAGUCCUUGUUGAGCGAGGUGCUGGAGCCGAAGCUCAAUUCACAGACGAGGCAUACGAAACGGCGGGAGCUAAAAUAGUAAAUAGAAAGAAUGUUUGGUCAGAGAGUGAUAUUCUUUUGAAGGUCCGCGCACCAACUGUGGAGGGACCUGAUAAUGAAGUCGAUUCACUCAAGACCAAUGCAACUCUUAUCUCGUUCUUAUAUCCAGGAGUAAACAAAAAUGUCGUGGAGAAAUUGGCGCAUCGAGAGGUCACCUCUUUCGCGAUGGAUAUGAUUCCUAGAAUUUCCAGAGCUCAAGUUUUUGAUGCUUUGAGUUCUAUGGCUAAUAUCGCCGGUUAUAAAGCUGUCCUAGAGGCUUCGAAUCAUUUUGGUCGUUACAUGACUGGCCAAGUCACUGCUGCUGGAAAGGUACUUACUCGAGUUCCUCCUUGUAAAGUACUUGUCAUCGGUGCUGGUGUGGCUGGUUUAAGUGCCAUUGCAACGGCUCGACGCAUGGGAGCAAUCGUACGAGGAUUUGAUACCAGAUCAGCUGCACGUGAGCAAGUCCAAUCGUUAGGUGCCGAAUUCAUCGAGGUAGAUUUUAAAGAAGAUGGAUCUGGUGCCGGUGGUUAUGGCAAAGAAAUGUCAAAAGAAUUCAUGGAGGCCGAAAAGAAGUUAUUUAUGGAACAAUGUCGUGAGGUUGAUAUUAUCAUUACCACUGCAUUGAUUCCUGGUCGUCCUGCUCCUAAGUUGAUUCACGAAGAUAUGGUUGCAGCAAUGAAGCCUGGUUCUGUCAUUGUUGAUUUGGCAGCUGAAGCAGGUGGCAAUUGUGAUGUUACUGUUCCAGGUCAAUUGAUUGAACAUAAAGGAGUCAAGAUUAUAGGAUAUACUGAUCUUCCUUCUCGAUUACCAACUCAAUCUUCCACCUUGUAUUCGAAUAAUAUUACUAAAUUCCUUCUUUCCAUUGCCCCUGAAGAGAAACAGUUUGGAAUUGAUCUUAAGGAUGAAGUCGUUCGUGGUUCAAUUGUCACUCACAAUGGAGAAAUCAUACCCACUGCACCACGACCAGCUCCUCCAGCUCCAAAAGCUGCCUCAGCUAUCGAUGCUAACGCUUCAGCUGCUAAGAACGUACCCUUGACUCCUUGGCAAAAGCAAACACGUGAAGUCGGAGCUAUCACCGGUGGAAUGAGUCUUGCACUUCUUCUUGGGAAAGCAACUGGGCCUUUAUUCAUGAACAAUGUCUUCACAUUUGCACUGGCUGGGUUGAUUGGCUAUAGAACUGUAUGGGGAGUUGCUCCUGCUUUACAUUCUCCACUCAUGAGUGUUACAAAUGCGAUCUCAGGUAUGGUCGGCGUAGGUGGUUUCUUCAUCAUGGGAGGUGGUCUUGUACCACAUACUAUUCCCCAAGCUCUCGGUGCUUUGUCUGUAAUGCUUGCGUUUGUAAAUGUUUCUGGUGGAUUUCUGAUUACCAAACGAAUGUUAGAUAUGUUUAAGCGACCAACCGAUCCAAAGGAAUACCCAUGGUUAUACGCUGUACCUGCUGUUGUUUUUGGUGCCGGAUAUAUAGCCGCUGCAUCCACUGGUAUGGCUGGGCUGGUUCAAGCAGGAUAUAUUGCUAGCAGUCUUCUGUGCAUUGCGUCGUUAUCUGGUCUUGCUUCUCAAACGACGGCGCGACAGGGCAAUCUUUUGGGCAUUCUGGGUGUUGGAGUAGGUAUACUUGCAUCUCUAGCCGCGGUUGGAUUCCCCGUUGAAGUGCUUGCACAAUUCGCAGCCGUUGCUGGCUGUGGGGCCAUCAUUGGACUGAGAAUUGGAAGACGCACCACAGCAACUGAUUUACCUCAAACUGUCGCGGCACUCCACUCUGUGGUUGGUCUUGCUGCCGUUUUAACCAGUUUCGGAUCAGUAAUGGCAGAUAUCGGUGACAUCUCGCAACUUCACCUUAUAGCUGGAUAUAUGGGUGUUCUCAUUGGCGGUGUUACGUUUACCGGAUCCAUAGUAGCUUACCUCAAACUCGCUGGUCGAAUGUCUUCCAAACCAAUUAGACUAUCAGGUCCCAGACAUUCAGUAAACUCUACUCUGCUUGCUCUUAAUAUGGCCAACAUGGCAGCCUUCAUUACUUUUGCACCUGCUGCGCCAGUGAUAGCCGCAUGCUGUCUAGGUGGUAAUGCAGUUUUAAGUUUUAUCAAAGGUUACACAACUACUGCUGCUAUUGGUGGAGCAGAUAUGCCUGUCGUCAUUACUGUGCUCAACGCAUAUUCUGGAUUCGCAAUUGUAUCUGAAGGCUUCAUGCUCGAUAUGCCGCUUCUAACAACAGUUGGCUCUUUGAUAGGAGUCAGUGGUUCGAUUCUAUCUUCCAUUAUGUGUGUUGGGAUGAAUCGGUCUAUCGGAAACGUUCUCUUUGGAGGAAUAGCUCCUACUGCGGAGACUGAGCAUAAAAUAGAAGGACAAAUCACCAAAACUAAUAUCGAUGAAGUUGUGGAAUCCCUUGAAAAUGCCGAAAGUGUUAUCAUCGUCGUUGGAUACGGUAUGGCAGUUGCAAAAGCUCAAUAUGCUAUCAGCGAUAUCACUCGAAUGCUUAAGAGUAAAGGUAUCAACGUCAGAUUUGCCAUUCAUCCAGUUGCUGGUCGCAUGCCUGGUCAAUGCAAUGUCCUUCUCGCAGAAGCUAGCGUACCAUAUGAUAUUGUCCUCGAAAUGGACGAAAUUAAUGAUGAUUUCGGAGAAACAGAUGUAACACUUGUCAUUGGCGCAAAUGAUACUGUUAAUCCUAUUGCUCUUGAACCGGGCUCUAGUAUUGCUGGUAUGCCUGUUUUACAUGCAUGGAAGAGUAAACAGGUUAUUGUUAUGAAGAGAGGUAUGGCAAGUGGAUAUGCUGAUGUGGUUAAUCCGAUGUUCUAUAUGCCGGGUACGAGGAUGCUUUUUGGUGAUGCUAAGGACAGUUGUGAUGCUAUUAAAGGUGCACUCGAAGCGAGAAAUCGCAUGUAUGACGUCUGA